GUGGUUGGCUGCCGAGCGCCGGUGCCUGCGCCGCCGCUCGCUGCCGGGGCAGCGCGGCGCACGGACCUGCACGGAGCCGCGCAGCGCCCCGGCCGCCGCUCCUCCGCCGCCUCCGCGAACACCGGCGCUGGACAAGCCGCUGCAGGCAGCCAGGGCUGCAGGAGCAGGACUAUGUCCACCAUGGUGUACCCAAGGGAGGAGAAACUGGACAAGCUGAGCCAAGAGGAGAUAAUUUCCAACACCAAGUUGGUAAUGCAAGGGCUGGAAGCACUCAAGAAUGAACACAACUCCAUCCUGCACAGCUUGCUGGAGACCAUCAAGUGCCUGAAGAAGGAUGAAGAAGCCAAUCUUGUACAUGAGAAAUCCAACCUGCUCCGCAAGUCAGUGGAGAUGAUAGAACUGGGGCUUGGAGAAGCUCAGGUGAUGAUGGCAUUGUCUAACCAUCUGAACGCCGUGGAGUCAGAGAAGCAGAAGCUGCGCGCUCAGGUGCGGAGACUGUGCCAGGAGAACCAGUGGCUGCGUGAUGAGCUUGCCAACACCCAGCAGAAGCUGCAGCGUAGUGAGCAGACCGUGGCUCAGCUGGAGGAGGAAAAGAAACACCUUGAGUUCAUGAACCAGCUGAAGAAGUAUGAUGAGGAUGUCUCACCUUCGGAGGAGAAGGAGGGUGACUCCACCAAGGACUCUCUGGAUGACCUGUUCCCGAAUGAGGAGGAGGAGCAUGGUCCUGGAUUGCCCCACCAGCAUAGCAGUGCUGUGGCAGCUGCCCAGCAGGGAGGUUAUGAGAUUCCUGCACGCUUGCGCACCCUCCACAACCUUGUCAUCCAGUACGCCUCCCAGGGACGCUAUGAGGUGGCUGUGCCGCUCUGCAAGCAGGCUCUGGAGGACUUGGAGAAGACAUCAGGCCAUGAUCACCCUGAUGUGGCUACCAUGCUCAACAUUCUAGCAUUAGUGUACAGGGAUCAGAACAAAUACAAAGAAGCAGCACACCUCCUGAAUGAUGCUCUUUCUAUCCGUGAGAAGACUCUAGGCAAAGACCACCCAGCUGUGGCAGCGACUUUGAACAAUUUGGCUGUUCUCUAUGGCAAGAGAGGAAAAUACAAAGAAGCAGAGCCACUGUGUAAGCGAGCCCUGGAGAUCCGUGAAAAGGUUCUAGGCAAAGACCAUCCUGAUGUGGCCAAGCAGCUGAACAACCUAGCCCUGUUGUGCCAGAACCAGGGCAAGUAUGAUGAAGUGGAGUACUAUUACUGCCGGGCCCUGGAGAUCUAUGAGAGCUGCCUGGGUCCUGAUGACCCCAAUGUGGCCAAGACCAAGAACAACCUGGCUUCCUGUUACCUGAAGCAAGGCAAAUACAAAGAUGCAGAGGUGCUGUAUAAGGAGAUCCUUACCCGUGCUCAUGUGAAGGAGUUUGGCUCUGUGGAUGAUGAACACAAGCCAAUCUGGAUGCAUGCAGAAGAGAGAGAGGAGAUGAGCAAGAGCAAGCACAGAGACAGCGCUCCCUAUGCCGAGUACGGUGGCUGGUACAAGGCCUGUAAGGUUAGCAGCCCAACUGUGAACACCACUCUGAGGAACCUGGGUGCGCUGUACCGGCGCCAGGGCAAGCUGGAAGCAGCUGAGACCUUGGAGGAGUGCGCAGUUCGCUCCCGGCGACAGGGCAUUGACCCAAUCAACCAGACGAAGGUGGUGGAGAUCCUGAAGGAGGGGGAUGGCACAGAGAGACAUCGGAGCCUGGGGGCCAGCGUCAAGUACGAGAAUGCCACAGACGGUAGCGAGGAAGCUUAAAUGCCUCCCGAGACUCCCUCUUUCCCCUCCACCGCAGUCACCUGGAUGUUUGUGUUGUAUCUUCCGACUUUUCCUCCACACCACCCCUCCUUCCUCGGCGAGAGCUCCACGCCAGUCCCCCAGCCCUGCUGGCGUGCGAGGGCACCGCGACGCCUGCACAGGAGUGCCUGGCCGCAUGGCCCAGCUCCAGUCCCGUGGCCAGCAAGAGCAGGAAGAAUCUGCAAGGAGCUGCCAGCUCCCCCAGGCCAGGGUGAUGAGCCACCGUCCCUUUGCAUGCCCCCACCCCUGGCCUGCCCUUGCACAUCCCUGGGGCCCAGGCCUGCAGGGGAUUGUCUUCACUCCAGACUUGCCUACUCCAUUGUCACUAGACAUCCUCAGCCCUCCUAGCUUGUUCCUUCCAUCUCUACAGAGGCCUGAAGAUGGAGGGCUGUUACAGGGCAAUGAGACCUGGCCUAGGCAGGGCUGUCAUGUGCCCAGUUGUUUUCUUCCCUGUAGGCUUAGCUGAUAUUAGUGCCUUGUAGCAAACCUGUGCUGGUUCCUAGUGAGAUGGGCUCUCCCUGCAGCACAGGGCAAUCCCUAUCUUGCUGCCCUCCUCUCUGCUGAGCUCUGUGACCCAGGAGCAGUGUGUAGGUCUCUGCAGGGGUGCAGGAGUGUAGGGCAGUCCAUAGAGCUACUGUAGAUCCUAGAUGAGGUGAGGGGGCAACAGCCAAGGACUGUAUACUGGAACUGGCGAGCACAAACAUGUUUGGCUACAACUUCCUGCCUGGAUGCUAUAGCCAGGUUCGUCAUCUGGCAGUAAGGGGUGAAUCAGCCCCCCAUUGCUACAGGGUUCUUAGGUGUGGCUGGUGGGAGAAAUGGGGGUGAAGUUGUUUGCUGUUCCUUGAAAGCAGAAGAGAGGUAGGAGGAAAGGUGAGUUUGUUGUUUUUGUUUUGUUGUUUUUUUUUUUUUGCAAGGGGCAGACCCCAGACCAUUAGAAGUGGCUGAGAUGGGGAAUGGCCUGGAUUGGAGCAGAGUGGUUGGGAGAAAAAGAAGGUGCAAAGAUGGAUGUGAGGAAGCAAAGGGCUAGGGCUGGAGGUGCUCUGAGCAGGUGGGAGCAGAUAGGAUGGCUGGAGGGAGGUUGCUGCAGGAGAGAAGGCUGGAUUUCUCCAGGUCUGUGGGGUUGACUGCAGUCUUGCUGUCCCUAGCCAAGUGGGUGGGAAAUGUGUAAGCCUGUUACAAAUAGAGUCACAGUGCUGACCCUGUGGGGGUGGCUCUGUGCCUGUGAUGGCUCCAGGCCUUCACAGGGUCUGGUGCUGUUAGUCAUUACAGGGAUAUGGACUGUGUCCCAGGGCCAGACCUCCACUGUCUUGGGUCUUACAUCCUUGACUGUACACUCUCAUCCCACCUCCUAUAAGAAAGGAACCUCCCUGGCCCUCCUGUAUGGGGAGAAAGCUGGGGAGGUGAUAGGCAGCAGGACAGAGCCCAAGGGCCAGCACAGGACUCCUCUGUGUUUAUUUAGCUAGAUCCUUUCUUUAUGCUAGUCAUCUGGCAGGUUGUGAUACUAAAUGUGUUUGUGUUUAUCUGGGCCUGGCUUUACUGUGGUCAUGCAGAGCCUUGGGAUGCAUGCAUGCUGGUCCCCUGGGAGCUUGUGCUUACUGAAAGGAAGUUUGUCCUCAGGACCAUGGGGUGUGGAGCUGAGGGCUGAGUGCUGCAGGGCUGUACCUUCCCUGCCUCUCUGUCCCAGUGCUGCUCCAUGCUUCUGGAGAGUGAUGAGUUCCCAGUGCAGCGUACAUUUGGACCUCAGGGCCACCUGCCCCUUUGCUUUGCCAUGUCCCGGAUCUGGUGCUGUAAGAACCAUACCUCUAAUUAAAGGUAGACUGACCCAAA